UCACCUUCAAGCUGUACGACAAGGACGGGAACGGGCUCCUGGACAGCUCGGAGGUGGAUCGGAUCAUCACCCAGAUGAUGCGGGUGGCCCAGUACCUGGACUGGGACGUCACGGAGCUGAAGCCGAUCCUGCAGGAGAUGAUGCGGGAGAUCGACUACGACGGCAGCGGGACGGUGUCGCUGGCUGAGUGGCUCCGCGGGGGGGUCACCAACAUCCCGCUGCUGGUGCUGCUGGGCCUGGAGGUGCACAUGAAGGACGACGGGCAGCACAUGUGGCGCCUGAAGCACUUCAACCGCCCCGUGUACUGCAACGUGUGUGAGACGCUGCUGGUGGGGCUGCGCAAGCAGGGGCUGUGCUGCACCUUCUGCAAGUUCACGGUCCACGAGCGCUGCGCCCGCCGGGCCCCCCCCAGCUGCAUCAGCACCUACGCCAAGUCCCGCAAGGAGGCCGGCGUCCAGGCCCACGUCUGGGUGAAGGGCGGCUGCGAGGCCGGCAAGUGCGGCAAGUGCCAGAAGAAGAUCAAGAGCUUCCAGAGCCUGACGGGGCUGCACUGCGUCUGGUGCCACCUGAAGAUCCACGAGGAGUGCCUGCCCCUCGUGCCCCCCGCCUGCGACUGCGGGGUCCUGCGGGACCACAUCCUGCCCCCCGCCGCCAUCUACCCCGUCCUGCUGGAGAGGCAGGACAGCCAGAGGGACGGCAGCGGGACGCCGGUGGAGGAGACGCCGCAGGUCUUCACCACCCCCGAGGGCCAGGCGCUGCGGGUCAGCCCCGUGCCCGACACCCACCCGCUCCUCGUUUUCGUCAACCCCAAGAGCGGAGGGAAGCAGGGGGAGAGGGUGCUGCGGAAGUUCCAGUACCUGCUCAACCCCCGGCAGGUUUAUAACCUGCAGCAGGGAGGACCCACCCCCGGGCUCAAUUUCUUCCGGGAUGUGCCAGAUUUUCGGAUCCUGGUGUGCGGCGGGGACGGCACCGUGGGCUGGAUCCUGGAUGCCAUUGAUAAAGCCAACCUGCCCCACCGGCCCCCCGUGGCCGUGCUGCCCCUGGGCACCGGCAACGACCUGGCCCGCUGCCUGCGCUGGGGGGGAGGGUACACGGGGGAGGACCUGGUGAAGAUCCUGCGGGAGAUGGAGGGCGGCAGCCUGGUGCAGAUGGACCGGUGGCGGCUGCAGGUGCUGCCCGAGGACCCGGCGGCCGCGGGGGACCCGGUGCCCUACGAGAUCAUCAACAACUACUUCUCCAUUGGGGUGGACGCCUCCAUCGCCCACCGCUUCCACGUCAUGCGGGAGAAGUACCCGGAGAAGUUCAACAGCAGGAUGAAGAACAAGCUGUGGUACCUCGAGUUCGCCACCUCCGAGACCAUCUUCGCCACCUGCAAGAAGCUCAAGGAGUGUCUGAGCGUGGAGUGCUGCGGGACCCCCCUGGACCUGAGCGGGGCCCUGGCGGGGCUGGCGGUGCUGAACAUCCCCAGCAUGCACGGAGGCUCCAACCUCUGGGGCGAGACCAAGCGGGCGCUGGGGGAGGCGAGGAGGGCGCUGGGCGCCGGGCAGCCCCCGGCCAUCACCGACGCCGAGACCCUCAAGACCUGCGUGCAGGACCUGAGCGACCAGCGGCUGGAGGUGGUGGGGCUGGAGGGGGUGCUGGAGAUGGGGCAGAUCUACACCGGGCUGAAGAGCGCGGGCAAGCGGCUGGCGACCUGCUCCGAGAUCACCCUGCGGACGCUGAAGCCCCUGCCCAUGCAGAUCGACGGGGAGCCCUGGAUGCAGCCGCCCUGCACGAUCAAGAUCACCCACAAGAACCAGAUGCCGAUGCUCAUGGCCGCACCGCCCCGCUCCUCCAGCUUCUUCGGCCUCAAGAAGGGCCCCCCCGAGUCCUGAGGGGCCCGGGAGGGGGGGGAGAGCCCCCCCGA